AUCUGAAGUUGUCAAAACAUAUAAACUCAGAGAAAAGCUUGUUGUGCUUCUGAAUGCCAUGAUAACCAAGUAACACAGAGUAGGAGAGGGUGCAACUGUUGAGAGUGCAUCUAUGAAUUGACGCGCCAGCUUAUAUACCAGAAUAUACCAGUCAUCUACUUUGGUCACAGAUGGACAACCUGACAUUUAGAUACAGCAUACUCUUAGUGGAAGGACUGAACGUUACACAUCAGUACAGCUAUCUUGCAUUUUUCAUCAUUUUGAUGGCUUACAUAUUUAUAAUCAUAUCUAACCUUUGGAUUUUGAUACAGAUCUCAGCGGAAAAAGGUUUACACCAGCCCAUGUACAUGGUUUACUGCAACUUGCCACUAAAAGAUGUUAUAGGAACAACUGUUAUUGUGCCACGUUUGCUGAGGGAUUUUUUAGCAGACCCCUCUGAGCGCUACAUCACAUAUGCGGAGUGUGUUAUACAAGCUUUUUUUGUACAUGUGAAUGGAACAACAUCUCAUACUAUUCUAAUGAUCAUGGCCUUUGACAGAUAUGUUGCCAUAUGCAAUCCACUGCGAUACUCAAAUAUAAUGAGCAAUAAUAUGGUGGUAAAACUGUCGGCAGGAGCCUGGGGUGCUGCAGUAGUGCUGGUGGGAAUUCUGAUCGGCCUCAGUGUGCGUCUCUCUCACUGCAGAUCUGUGAUUCAAAACCACAUGUGCGACAAUGCUUCGCUAUUUAAACUGUCCUGUGAAAACACAGUGAUUAAUAAUGUAUAUGGAUUAACUUUUACUGUGGUUUUACUUGUCUCUUCAAUGGGAAGUGUUGUAUUAACUUAUCUCAGAAUUGCAAUUGUAUGCUUAACCGGCAAGAACAAAGCAACAAACAAAAAAGCCAUAAAAACCUGCUGUACUCACUUGACACUUUACUCAAUCAUGCUGGUCUCUGGAAUUGUUUCAAUUUUUCUCCAUCGUGUUUCUGAAUACUCUGACAAUAGAAGAAUAGCAAGUAUAGUUUUCAAUGUUGUACCACCAGGAUUGAAUCCUAUAAUAUAUGGCUUACAAAUCAAGGAAAUAAGACAAACGUUUUUUAAGUUUUUAAAAAAUAAAGUUAAUAUUAUGUGAUUUUUUUUAUGAACAAAGUUACUGCAAAUGACAUGUAGAGAUUUUUGCUGCAACUGAUGACUUUUUAAAGGAAAAUAUAAUUGGCAACUUUACUGCUUACUUUUAAGCAUUUCUUAUGUGUAUCAGCAUGUGUGAAAUUAAAAAGCCCUUAAGUAUGUACUAACUGAAUUUAAAUAAUCUAAAGCAAAUGACUUAGAAGGAAAUAGAAACUUUCUUAAACUGUAUACAUUUUUAUAAUUUUUUAUAAUUCAUAUUCAUAGGUAUUCCCCUGCACCACUAAGUUUACAGUGUCUCAAUGGAAAGAUUAUGAGUGAAAUUACAAAAGAAGGCACAUUUAAAGCAGAUAAAAACAACAGAAAGCACUAACAAAAAGCAAAACACAAAUGCAGAUUAAGCCUUUCUAUCUCUACUGUGCACAAGCAUAGGGAUCCAGAUAGCUUGAUUUACUAGAAAUGGAAGAGCAGGGAAAUGUAACAUGAAAGCUUUUUUUUUGCUUUUCCUUACUGGUGAGAGAAAUCCUGCAACAAACAAUAAUGGAGUUCAGCUUCUACUCCACAUUGCUCACUACUAAUGAAUGCAUUCAUUUAUAAAAGAAUGACUUUAAUGUCAAAUAAUCAGCUAAUAAUGUAUUUUAAAUCGGAAAAAUAUGUCAGUCUAUAUUUCUCUUUCAUUAUGAAACAUUAAUUUUGAGAACAGUCUAAAACUUUACAGCCAUAUGUGGUAUCAGCUAGCAGCUUUGUGAUGAAUAGUAUAACCAUGAAAUACUGUAUGUGUAAUACAGACAAAUGUUUUUAUUUUAUUUUUAAUAAUGCAAUAUUGUUUUGUUUGUUUAAUUUAGUUUGUUUAGUUGUUUGUCUAGUUCUCUUCGUAAACCUUACAAAAACUUCUGAACUGGAAUUUAAAUGUUUAACUGUGAAAUAAACUA